GGCCUUGGCCGCGCAGUCUUCCACGUGAGACGGCGGCAACGUUCGCGGGACGACGGUGAAAACAGGGCGCCUGGGGCGAUUUGAUCAAGGCUGCAAGAGGAGACGUGAUGGACACCAUUGUUCUUCUGAAAUCGAAAAUAAAAGCUUCUCAGAUAAUGCAUCUUUAAGCUGAUGCUGUUCUUGUAACCGUAAUAUGAAUUUUGGUGGUGGCGUUCCUUACGGGCAGGCACAAGACAUGUCUGGAAACUUAGUAGAGUACGACGGCACCGUGUACGACCUGGCGGGCGGCGCGUACGGCUCGCCGGCCCUGGAGCCAGCCGCUGAGUACGGUCCGUUCGGCGGCGAGUACCACCAGACCGGGUCGCUGGUGACAGACGGCGGCGACCAGUUCGCCGUAUCGGCCACCGCCUUCGACCACCACGAGGAGCUACUCUGGACGGGCAACACGGGAGGCCACGUGACGUCAUACUACUCGACCGGCCUGCAGAAGUACACCUCAUUCCAGGUGCACGGCUCGCAGGAGAUCCGCCAGCUCUGCGCCACGGCCGGCCUGGUGCUGUGUCUGUCGCAGACGCAGCUGCGCGGCCAGCUGCGGCGCGGCCUGCCCGCCUUCACACACAGCUCGGCCCAGCUGGAGGACCUGCAGUGCCUGCUGCCGCGCGGCGACACGGCCCUGCUGCUGGCUGGCCACCAGACCACCAUGGUGUCGUUCGACAUGGUGCGCGCCCAGGAGACCCAGCUGGUCGACGUGGGCGCUCACGGCUGCGCCAUUCUGCGCCAGCACGCUCGGCUCAUCUGCUGCGGCGCCCCCACCGGCCGGGUGACGCUGCGUGACCCGAGCUCGCUGCGUGCGCAGCACACGCUGGACGCCCACUCGGCCAGUCUCAACGACCUGGAUGUGCACAACAACCUGCUGGUGACAUGCGGCUUUUCGCACAGGGGCGGGAAGCCGGCCGCUGACCGGCACCUCAUGAUGUACGACCUGCGCAUGCUGCGCGCCGUCUCGACGAUCCCGGUACUGGUGGAUCCGUACCUGCUCAAGUUCAUUCCGUCGCUGUCGAGCCGGCUGGCGGUGGUGUCGCCGCUGGGCCAGCUGCAGAUCGUGGAGACGGCGCGGCUGGCCACGCCGGCGCUGUCGCUGCUCUCUGUGGAGACGGCCGGCAGCAUGUGCACCGCUAUGGACAUCUCGGCCAACUCUCAGGCCAUGGCGUUCGGAGACGGCGGCGGCUGCGUGCACCUGCUGACGCUGGCCAACCAGGAGUGCGCCUUCAACAACUACCCGCGCCACACAGAGUUCGCCGAGCCGAUCGAGCCGCUGCCGGCCAUCGCCUUCACGGACCGGCUGACGCCGCUGGCCACUGUGCCCAUGGCCGUCACCAGCGAGCCGCUGCUCUCCGAUUGGCCGUCGCACUGGUGCUCCAAGCUCUACCGCAAGCCCAUGAAGGUGGACCCCGUUGUGCUCAAGACAAUGCGGAUGGUGGGCACGAUUGGCUACGCGCCGAACCCGGGCACCCGCAAACGGAACCAGCUCCCGUACCGUCUGGGCCGGCCGGGCCAGCGCGCAGCCGCCGCCGAGCCGGCCGCCGCCACUGCCGACGAUCCGUUCGCAGUGCACGUGCCAAAGCGCUACCGCAAGAUUGACGUCAAGUACAGCCGCAACGGUUUGGACGAGAUGGACCACCUGCAGUACAACCGGACCAGCUUCUCGGGCCUGGAGGCGAGCCUGCCCAACUCCUACUGCAACGCCAUGCUGCAGGUGCUCUACUGUCUGGAGCCGCUGCGAGAGACACUUAUCGGCCAUCUCUGCCAGCGCGAGUUUUGCCUGUCGUGCGAACUCAGCUUUCUCUUUCACAUGUUGGACACCUCCCAGGGCGUGCCGUGCCAGGCGAGCAACUUUCUGCGGGCGUUCCGCACGAUCCCGGAGGCCACGGCGCUCGGCUUGAUUCUCUCCGAUACGCUGACCAACCGGCAGAAGAUUAACCUGCCUCGGCUCAUCCAGAACUGGAACCGGUUCAUCCUGCAGCAGUUGGACACGGAGUGCGCCGCUCUGCCGGCCGACCCGGACGGCGCCGAGACGGCCGAGACGGCCGGCGCCGGCGAGUCGCCCGUGGCGCGCAUCCUGGGCGCGCUCAGCCGGCAGACGACCCGGUGCGUCAAGUGCGGCGCCAGCUCGGAGAAGGAGAGCACUAUCCUGCUGUGUAACCUGACCUACCCGCCGGAGCUGGACGACCGAGAGGUGAGCUUCGGCCAGACGCUGGCGGCCAGUCUGUGUCUGCAGCAGACGGUGCAGGCCUGGUGCGAGCUGUGCGGCCGCUACCAGCCCACAGAGCAGGCGCGCCACCUGCUCUCGCUGCCGCACUGUCUGGCCGUCAACUGCUGCACCGACAACCCCAACGACCUGGAGUUCUGGCGGCGCCAGGCGGGCCUGCUGUGGCCGGCCGGCGCGCAGCAGGAGUCGGCCAGCGCGCCGCCGGCACCGCCCAGCAUUAAACCGUGCCGCUACGGCGCCGCCUGCACCAGAGCCGAUUGCCACUUUUGGCACGGCGGCCGGCCGGCCGGACCGCCGCCAGCGGCCGUCGACGACGCCAAGCGGCCGGCGCCGCACUGGCUGCCGCACACCAUCGCCUGUCAGCUGCACCAGGACGGCACAGUCUCGAUCGCCGACGGCGACGACGAGGGGGACGGCGCCGAGCGCAGCGUCUACGACCUGACGGCCGUCGUCUGCCACGUCUCCGACCCCAAGUUCCCAGACAAGAACAAUCUGGUGGCGCUGGUGCGCGUCGGGGCCGCCUACCACCAGCGCGCCGUCGGUACGGCGGUUUCGCAGUGGUACAUCUUCAACGAUCUGGGCGUCACACCGGUCAGCAGCGACGAGGCCGUCUGGCUGCCGCUGCAGUGGAAGGUGCCCACGGUGCUGUACUACCAGUCUCGCCGGCCGAGUCCGGUGCCGGCGGCGCGAUCGGUGCUCACCGCCGACACGCUGCUGCCGGCGGCCAGCGUGGCCGCCCGGCCCGCGCAGACGGACCAGUUCACGCCCCUGGAGCCCGACGAGCUGCCCGCCAAAGGUGACCUGGUGGCGAUGGACGCCGAGUUCGUGACGCUGAACCAGGAGGAGGCGGAGAUCCGCAGUGACGGCACCAAGGCCACGCUGAAGCCCUCCCAUAUGUCGGUCGCCCGGAUCUCCGUCGUGCGUGGACACGGCCCCCGCGAGGGUCUGGCGUUUAUCGACGACUACAUUUCCACCCAGGAGCAGGUGUUUGACUACCUUACCAAGUUUUCGGGCAUCAAGCCGGGCGACCUGGACGCCAACUUCACCUCCAAGCACCUGACCACGCUGAAGUCGACCUAUCUGAAGCUGCGCUUCCUGGUCGACAGCGGCGUGAAGUUUGUCGGACACGGCCUGAAAAACGACUUCAGGGUGAUCAAUCUGACGGUGCCACCGGACCAGGUCAUCGACACGGUCCACCUGUUCCACCGCUCCCACCAGAGGAUGGUCUCGCUGCGCUUUCUGGCCUGGCACUUCCUAAAGCUGCGUAUCCAGUCGGAGACGCACGACUCUGUGGAGGACGCGCGCACGGCGCUGGCGCUGUACCGCUGCUACGAGCGACUGCGCGCCCAGGGCGGCGCGGCGCUCGGCGACGCCAUCCAGCGGCUGUACGAGGCGGGCCGACAGGCCGGCUGGAAGGUGCCCACCGACGACGGCGACUGAGCCGCGCUGAGCUCACCCAGAGCGAGACAGAGGCGCGUGCCGUGCUCCGCGCCACUGCCCGCCCGCGCGGCUCCGUCCGCCCUCCAGGCCACUGGGCAGCCGCCGGCUGGCUGGUACAGUGCGGCCGCUGGGCGCCACGCGGCUCUCAACUCUGUGAGAGCCCAUGCACUGAGUUUCGAGAACCGGCACAUCCGUCGCUGGUUCACAAAAUAGUUUGAAAUAGGUGCCGGGUCUCUAUUUGGCUGCCGUGGAAUUACAGAUAUAUGAUGACCAUUUUAUGCUUUGUGUGAGUCUGAAAGCUCAUUGUUUUUAUGCAUUUCAUCCGCUGCGACUGAUUAUGACAUCGUGUGUGUGCGUGUUCGUGCACGUGUGCGGCGCGCGCGCACCAUGCUGCUGUAAUACACGGGAGCUGCGCGCACCAUGCUGCUGUAAUACACGGGAGCUGCGCGCA